UAGCAGAAUGUUGCUAAUACAAAUGAAUGUUGCCAACAGUAAAAAACGUAAGUGGGAAUGGAAUGUUGGAAAAUUGUUGCGAUAAUACCGAUGUUUCGAGAAGAUAUGGAUAUCCCACCACCAAAAGAGAGCAAAUCGUAGCACUGAGAGCGCUUGAUAACAGAAGCAAAAGCCGGCAACCAAGGUGUAUUAAAUCAAGCGGACCAAGACGAGCAGUGAUAUGAAUAAUUCUGUGUCGUCUCUAAGUGGUCAAAUAUCGAAGCGCGCCUCCCAAGCGUCGUCCCUUAAUGAGGCAGACUCCAUGCCAUUUGAGGAGCUGGUGGGCGCCUGUUUGGCGGAUUCCGACGACGAGGAGAAGCAGCAGACGCCACGAUCAGAUUUUCUUCAAUACCUCCAUAGCCGAAGAGUAUGCCCACAAUGGCAACUACAUGCCGCCGUCAUCAGCUCAUAGCGGAGCGGGAGGGUCGACCGAAUCUCCAAGAACACCAAAAAUUAAAAAUAUCAUGGAGUAUUUGUUUUUAACCUUUGAUAGGACAACAAAUGUUGGAGAACUUAAGCGGCUUAUAAAGUUUUUGGAGCGUCCGGCGCAUCUGGAUGAGAUGCACCGAGGGAAAGUAAACAUGCUGUAAUCGUUGGGUUCCUUCAAAAGAAACCCCUUUUUUUGUACUUUGACGAGUACUAUUUAAUGCGUAUCCCAUGCCUAAGGACACCAAGUGGUCAGGGCAAAGUUAAAAUGAGGGUGCUGGCCUUCGCUGCCAUCUACUUGGACGGCAGCAAAUUUACCUAUGUAUAUAUCCGAGUGCUUGGCAAGGAUAAAAUAAAAUCGGCUCUUAGGAUCGUUUUGAAGCAAAUCUCCAAACUGGGCCUGGACAAAAAUCUAAUGGCCAUUGUGUCCGACCAUAAUAAAUCGAAUAUGGAUGCCCUAAGGUCGGCUGCACAGGAGUACCCAGUCAUUUGGGAUAUCUUCCACCAGCGAAAUGUUGCAGCAUUACACCUGAACACCGAUGCAACGGUACAGAAGUUAUACGAGCAACAAUAUACUGCCCUUAAUUGGGCGGAAAUAUUCUCAGGGACGCCGACCGACGAUGGAAAUAGGAUCGAGGUGGAGGCCAUCCGGAAGAUGGUGGAGAAGUACUUCUCGACGCCGAAUAGAUCUCCACUAAAUGUUUCCCGCAUCGACUCCAGCAAAUUUGAAAUGAUGGGCCGCAUCCUGAAGAAGCACAAUGAACGAAAUUAUGGCGUACGCAACUACGCAGGCUCACCAAAUGGCAGAGCUAAAAGAAGACCCAUUAUACUACGUCACCCGUAUUGUUGGCAUAAUAUUGUUGUUAAACACGUCCAAAUUCGCAGAAAUUACUCGUUAACACCAUUAUCUUAAUUUAUCUAUAUU